AUGGAUCGGGAGCCAUGUGCAUCGCUGCUUCCUGCUCAGACGACAGCGCCAGCAUUUAUCGUAGUGGCUUGGAAGCAGGCUUGUACAAGAAGAUUUUCGCUGCACGUCACACUAAUUGAGUGCUCCGGCGUGCCAGGAUGGGGGGUCUGCCUGGAAUGUACUGCAUGCCCUGCUUUUUCUACUGAGGUUGGGAUUUGUGCUGCAAAUUGCGCCAUAUCCAUUGUCAGCACUUGCUUGUAUUACUCUGAGCUUCACCGUCUGCACGAUUUUCCAUUUUUUGCUGCGCAACUGAAUGCCGCCAUUGGUGUCUUGCUUUCGGGGUGCUUACUCACAGUAUUGCCAAAGGACUCGAGAGCAAGCCAACGUGGCAUCCGGUCGUGGCUCUGGUUGGCUGCACUUCUUUCCAUUCAGAACUCGAUGGAGAUUGUCAGCAUCCCGCGUGUGGGCAAUGAUGAUCUGCCGCCGAUUUUGCAACAGGCAGUGGUGCCACUAUCCCUGGUGAUGUCCACUAUCAUGCUUGAUGCAAGCUACACAAGUGCUCAAUUGCUUGGGUCAGCGGCCGUCGUCACGGGAGUGUUGGUGGGUUUCUUGCCGAGCCUGUUCACCUCUGACAGACUGCAGCAGAUCCGCAUGGUGUGGGUCGCGGUCUUCCUCCUUUCACGCCUGCCACAAGCUGUGGCAAACGUCGUUGCCGAGGGCGUCCUUGAAGGACACCGAGACUUCUCAUGGGCCGUUCGGGCUACGUUGUACACGCAGCUGCUCGGGAUUCCGUGCAACUUUGUGACAGCGCUUAUAUCGUCCGCUGCUUGGAAGGGUGAGGUCGAAACGGUGCUUCAGGACUACAGAGGUGGACUGGCGUGUGUGUUUGAAGGUACUGGAUCCUGCCGAGGAGCGUGGCACAGUGUCCUCUUGUUUUCCCUUCCGGGAAUGUUGUACACGUUGACGGA